GCGGUUCAGAUGGUCAUUUGACCCACCUACCUUAGCCAGCAUCUCCUUCAGCUUCUGGCACUGGGCGUCCAAUAAUAUUAGUACAUAGUACCUCACAGGAGGUCAUUAAGUGGGCGUUGCCUAGGCUCAUCGGCUCCCACGGUUCACGGCAAUCAUACCCAUACCUACUCCAUACUUUAGGAGCUCUCCGCCACUCCAUCCACCCGACUCUACCCACGUCCGUUCACGAACUCAUCGACCUUGCCUUUCGUGAGGUGCGCCAUCUUUUGACUGAUUCUAAGAAUCUGUCAUGUCGUCUGCACUGCAAGCUCUCGGGGCCAAGUUUGCCACGCGCAGAGUUUCGAGUAUUCCCAAAUCGCUUUAUACAGUAAGCAUCUAUCUCCGUGCGUAUCGGUUCUUUUCUCUCCUUCUGUCCCCCAUGCGUCCAUACGUCUAUCCUGAGGUACAUUUGUCAUGCUGACCUGCUCGAGGUAAACACAUUAGCCAUGGCUCAGGCAAGCAAGAGGCUCAGUAGCUCGCUCCCACCGGGUUAUGUCGAGGAUAAAUCCAAAGGCCCGAUGCUGAGAUUCCAGGACUCACUUCCCCGCUUGCCUGUCCCGACCCUGGAAGAAACAGCUUCACGUUAUAUCAAAACUCUCCGCCCUCUCCUUUCCGAGUCAGAGCUCGCCGCCAGCAAACAGGCCCUCGACGAUUUUCUUAAACCCGGUGGUGCGGGCCCCAAACUCCAAGAGAGGUUGCUUGCACGGCGGGCAGAUCCUCACCACAAGAACUGGCUCUACGAAUGGUGGAAUGAUGCCGCGUACCUCAGCUACCGUGAUCCCGUCGUUCCCUACGUCAGUUACUUCUACUCUCAUCGCGAUGACCGACGGAGGAAAGACCCGGCGAAGAGGGCUGCUGCUAUCACGUCAGCUGCCCUCCAAUUCAAGAAACAGGUGGACAGUGGCACCCUGGAGCCCGAGUACAUGAAGAAACUGCCAAUUUGCAUGGACAGCUAUCGGUGGAUGUUCAAUGCGAGUCGAGUAGCCGCAAAGCCUGCGGACUAUCCGGUGAAAUUUUCCCCGGAAGAAUACAAGCAUAUCGUCGCCAUCCGCAAGAACCAGUUUUUCAAGAUCCUCCACGAAGUUGACGGGCGACAGCUGAAUGCUAGCGAACUCGAGCAACAAUUCAAAAAGGUCUACCAGGCUGCUGCGCGCGUCCCUGCUGUAGGCGCGCUGACUUCUGAGAAUCGCGAUGUGUGGGCCGAUGCCCGGCAAGUCCUGCUCAGUGCUCACACAAGGAACGCCGCGGCUCUAGAAGCGAUCGAGUCGGCCUCCUUCGUUGUCUGCCUGGACGAUGCCUCACCUGUGACGCUCGAGGAACGCGCGCAUCAGUAUUGGCACGGCGACGGGCAAAAUAGAUGGUUUGACAAGCCUCUGCAGCUCAUCGUCAACGACAACGGCACGUCGGGGUUCAUGGGUGAACAUUCCAUGAUGGACGGCACACCAACACACCGCCUCAAUGACUACAUCAACGACGCCAUCUUCAACAACAAGAUUGACCUCUCGGAUGCGUCUGUUCGCUCCAAUCUGCCCGAACCGCAGGCGAUUCGGUUCGAAAUCACCAAAGAAGUCCAAGCGGAGAUUGACCGUGCCGUUAAGGAUUUCAACGAGGUCAUCGGACAGCAUGAACUCGCCAUCCAAGCCUACCAGGGUUACGGCAAAGGUCUCAUCAAGAAAUUUAAGUGUUCUCCCGAUGCCUACGUCCAAAUGAUCAUUCAGCUUGCGUACCAUAAGAUGUACGGCAAGAACCGCCCCACCUACGAAUCCGCCGCCACUCGACGCUUCCAACAAGGACGGACUGAGACGUGCAGAACCGUGUCUGAGGCCUCAGUGGCCUGGUGCAACGCCAUGGCCAACCCGGACGUGGACGAUAAGACGCGUGCCGAACUUUUCCGCAAAGCCAUUGACUCGCACCUGGAGUAUAUCUCUGCUGCAUCCGAUGGGAAGGGUGUCGAUAGACACCUUUUCGGACUCAAGAAGCUACUGCAGGCUGGUGAAGAGCUUCCCGCGAUCUACAAGGACCCUGCUUACGCGUACUCUUCAACUUGGUAUCUUUCCACGUCACAGCUGAGCUCCGAAUUUUUCAAUGGCUAUGGCUGGAGCCAAGUCGUCGACGAUGGCUUCGGCAUCGCUUACAUGAUCAAUGAGAACAGCCUGAAUUUCAAUAUUGUCUCCAAGGGGUUGGGCAGCCAGAGGAUGAGCUUCUACCUCAGUGAGGCAGCUGGGGACAUUCGUGACCUUCUGUUGCCCACCAUUGAAGCACCAAAAGCCAAGCUUUAAGCAUGCAUGCGAAAACCUUGAAUGGAACAGCGGUCGAUGGCGUGGGGUAGGGGUAUAUUAGCCAAGCCUCACAUGGCACCAUGAUAGAGAAGACUUUGUAUGUUACAUUGGCAAGUAGUGUAGAUGAUCUAUUAGAAUUGAUAUUGGGGUGGAACUCUUGGGCACUAUAUCUCCUUGCGUUGCGUGGUGUGUUAAUGGCCCCUCACUCCACCUCCAGAUUCUAGAUUUUGUUCGAGGAUCUAUAAGCACAUGUGAUAUAUGCCAUAUAUCAUCUUCCGAUUUUCCGGCAGGGCAACAAAAAAGAAAUCGAAAGUAAAGGGGGAAAAUAGAAAAGUAAAACUUAAAAAAACAGGGCUGAGGUAACUCAACUAUACAAAACUGUUUAUUUUGCAGUGAGAGCUGAGGAAGGAAGUAGGCACAU